AUGGACUUCCAGCCCAGAGACUCUGAGAUGUACUACCUGACAAUUGAGAAACGUGUACCUAAAACGUUCUCCUAUAUAGGGAGAACGUUUCCAAAUGGACAGGUUGUUAACAUUGGACAGAACUGUGGUAUUAUCGCCAUCGUGGAACAUGAGCUUCUACAUGCUCUGGGCUUCUGGCAUGAGCAGUCCAGAUAUGACAGGGAUGAAUAUGUAACCAUUGUCAAUGAAAACAUCCUAGAAGGAUACCAAAACAACUUUAAUAAGUACAGUGAGAAUGACACCACCACCCUGGGUACUCCGUAUGACUACUACUCAGUGAUGCACUACAGCAAAGAUGCCUUCACCAAUGGCAAUGGAUCCACUAUCAUCACUAAGCAACCAGAGUUCCAGGAAGUGAUUGGCCAAAGACUGGAAAUGAGCUCCAAUGAUGUCUUGAAGCUGAAUCGAAUGUACAGUUGUAAUGCAUCUGUUGCAUUUAAGGAAAGUUGCAGCUUUUCCAAUAGCGGAUUGUGUGGGAUGAGUCGCUGCUCUCGGAGUGCGGAGAAAGGCAGUGAAAAUGGCUGGGAGAGAGUGACACAGGCUGCAGGGGGUCCCUACACCGACCACAGCAACCUUGGCACUAAUGAGGGCAAUGAAUCAAUCUACGCGACCAACGGACGGGGCAACGGCUAUAUUAUGUCCAUUUUGGACAUCAAGGACAAAGGCUUCCUCAAGGGUGGAGACAUCUUCUUCUUCCUCACCUCCAUGCAAGAUAUCUCCAGUCUGCAGUAUGCUGGUAAUAACUCACUUCCCUGUCCCACUCCACCACAGGACUUCACCCUGUUGCAUAGCCAGCGGGAGGAAGGCCCAUGUUCAGCCAGCCUCUUUGACUUCUCCUCUGGACUGGUGUCUACCCCAGCGAUCAUCGUCAUGGCUCUUAUGUUGUGGUUGAUUCACUGA